GAUUGGAGUAAUAUUAAUUUAUUAAUUGAUUAAUUAAUUAAUAAUACGAAUAACAAAAUAUUAAAAGCUAUUGAAACACUCACAAUUGUGAAAAACGGUGAUCCAAGUAUUUACAUACAAAAAAGAGGUCCUAAAAAGUCAAUAAUUAUUAUGUCGGCGACCAUUCCGGAGUGCCCACCGAGUCUGAAAGCAAUUCAACAUUUCUUAAAAACUGCAGCAGAACAUGACGGGAGGGAUCCUACCGUUGCGUACUGGUGCAGGCUCCAUGCGUUACAGGCUGGCCUAAAACUGACUAACAAGAAAACGCCUGAAGAAACAAAAGUACUAAUGGCAAUAAUGGAUUGGCUAGAAGAAGCAAAGAAGAUCUACAAAGACAAUGAGGCAAUUUCCAAUGAGGUGGUUGCUCAGGCUCAUUUAGAAAAUUAUGCUCUGAGACUCUUCUUGUUUGCUGACAAACAAGAUAGGGAGCAAAAUUAUGGAAAGAAUGUAGUCAAAGCAUUUUACACUGCAGGGGUAAUCUAUGAUGUCCUUACCACGUUUGGAGACUUGACAGAUGAAGCAGCUCAAAACCGCAAAUAUGCCCGAUGGAAGGCUGCAUACAUUCACAACUGUCUCAAAACUGGGGAGACUCCAGUUCCAGGUCCCAUGCAAAAUCCUGAUGGAAGUAUUCCAGAUGAAGAUAAUAAUAAAACAGAAAAUAUUCAGCCGGGCUCUUCUGAUUCUCAAUCAUUUGGCUUCAAUCAGCCUGGAUCUACAGAUACUCAAACAUUUGGCAUCAAUCAGCCGGGCCCUACAGAUUCUCAAAGUUUUGGCUUCCCUAAUGUCACUCCAGCUACAUUGCCAACUGUUCCAACCAGCUUUAACAACAGCCUGCCAGAUCCUAAUCUAGCGAUAAGAGCAGCUUCUCAGUUGCCACCCGUGCCAUACACCCCUGAUCCUAAUCCUGGAGGUUUUGUGCCUUACGACCCAUCUCAGCAACCGCAACCUGCCCCCUCAACAACCUUCUAUGGAGAUAACUCGAUGAAUGUUGCGCAACUUAGCCCUGAACAGAUACAGAAGGCUCAAAAGUAUUGCAAGUGGGCAAGCAGUGCACUGAAUUAUGAUGACAUUAAAACUGCUAUAGGUAAUUUAAAAAAUGCCUUGGAACUACUUCAGACUGGACGAGACCCUGCUUAAAUUGUAUGUACAAUUAUUUUACUUAAAAUUCACAGCUGUUUUUAGAAUGUGCUCUGUUAAAUGCUAUGAAAAUGUUCCACAGGUAACACUGAAUAACAUGGUGCAUAUUUUAAACUUGCAAACUGACAGGAAUUUUGGUACAGAUUCUGAGUGCAACUAGAGUAUUUGCAUACUUUUCUUACCAAUGUAAUGAGAAAGGAACAGACAAACCUAAUUUAGAGCUAUCAAAGCUCGUGACUUUAGCUGCCAGGCACGAGCUUAUUGUUUACAUUUCUUAAUAUUCUAUUCUUUUCUAGAAAUAUUUAAAAAAAAGAUGCAAAUACUCUAAAUUUAGUUUAGAAAAAGACAACAGAAUCGGCACCAUUGUAUGAUAUUAAUUAUGUACAACCAUUAAUGGUUGAUUAUAAGACCUUCGUGGUUGUACAAUCACCCAAUAAGACAAUAAUUUAUAGAGGAAAUAUUU